CUUUAACCUUUUCCAUAUACUAUUUUUAACUGUAGACUGUAUAUAAGCCCCCUCCCCACCGUCACUCUAUUUUUGCUAAAACGAGGCAAAAUCAAAAAAAAGAAGGAUGGCGUACACACCAGUAUCAAAAAAGGAUCUUUCCCCCUUUUUGAAUUAGUCAAAUCAAAUCAACUUCAACUUCAUAUAUAUCAUCAAGUAGUGUCAUCAUCAUCUGGAUUCAUCACAUAGAGUAGACCAUUAAGGAUCAACUAGAGACAGAUAUAUACAAGUUAUAACAUGGCUUGGUUUAGUGGUAAUAACGUAUCUACGAUAGAGUUAGAUAACAAGAUAUCAGAAGCAACAUCUGAAUCAAUUCCUAAUGGAGAACUUGAAUUAUCAAUUGCAUUAGAAAUCACUGAUUUGAUUAGAAGUAAGAAGAUUCCUGCCAAGCAAUGUAUGAGAUCAUUAAAGAAACGAUUAACUUUGAUCUAUUCUAAUCCUAAUCUAUUGACUUCAACUUUAAAGUUGAUAGAUUUAUGUGUAAAGAAUAGUGGAUUUCAUUUCUUAGUUGAAAUCGCUUCAAAGGAGUUCUUAGAUUAUUUAAUCGAUUUCAUAUUUAAAGUUCAUUAUAAUACUAAGGAUUUUGAAGUUACUAAAAAUGAAUCAAAAGUUGGAGUAGGUAAUUUUAUAUUAUCAUUAGUAAAAGAGUGGUCAAUAGUAUUUGAAAAUCAAUUACAAUUGAAUUAUGUGGAGAAGUGUUAUAAACAAUUACUUAAUGAAGGUUAUAAAUUCCCUGAUGUAACAGGAAAUUCUCAACUGUUAAAUAGUACAUUUGUUGAUUCAGAGGUUCCUCCAGAUUGGGUUGAUAAUGAUAGUUGUAUGAUUUGUUAUACACCAUUUUCUAUGAUUAAUAGAAAACAUCAUUGUCGUGCUUGUGGUGGUGUUUAUUGUCAAACCCAUUCUAAUCAUAAUAUUCCAUUACCAUCAUUAGGAAUAACUGAAGCUGUAAGAGUUUGUGAUAAUUGUUAUGCUAAAGAAAAAUCUAAAUCAGGUAAACAUAAGAAGCAUACUGGUGAUCACCCAGCAGGAUCACAUGGAGCUCCAGUAGGAGAUGAUGAAGAUGAAGAAUUAAAGAGAGCUAUAGAAUUAAGUUUACAAGAUACUGGUGUUCAAUUCACAGCCCCAGCUGGUAAACCACCAACCAUCACUGAGACUUCGCCCCCAAUCUAUAACAAUAAUACUCAAAGUCAAGGAGAAGGUGAAGAAGAUGACGAAGAAAUGAAAGCAGCCAUUGCUGCUAGUUUAAAAGAGUAUGAAGAACAAGAGAAAAUCUUUAAACAGCAUCAAGAACAAUUUCAGCCACCAACACAGUCUCAACCACAAUCUCAACAAUCAUCAUAUCCAGGACAACAACAGCCUGGAGCAUAUCAACAAGACCAAUCUGAUUUCUAUAAUAUUAGUAUUCCAUUAUCAAACUAUCAAUCAGCUCCACAAUCACAACCACAACAACCACAACAACCACAACAACCACAACAACCACAACAACAAGCUUACGUUUCACCAGCUCAGCAUAUCGAACAACAUCAACCUCAAAAGGAUGAAGACUUAUCUGAACAAGAGGAAGAACAGAUCAAUUUAUUCAUUACUUUAUUAACUAGUUUGAAAAGUGAUCCUGUUAAACAAGCCAAUAUUCUAUAUGAUACUGAUUUGGCUGAAUUGCAUGCUAAAGUUAUUAAAUUGAAACCAAAGGUUAACAAAUCAUUAAGAGCUUCAAUUGAAAGAUAUGAAGCAUUUUUAGAAAUGAAUAAUAAAAUUUCAACUAUAACUAGAUUAUAUGAUCAAUUCUUGGAAGCUAAGUUAAAUACUGCUUAUGGAAAUCAUCAUAUUUCUCAAAAUUAUUAUGAUCCUAGAAAUAAUUAUAAUCAAGAAUUUACUGCUCCACAAACCACUAGCGGAUAUGAGAACAAUGCUCCAAUAAAUCAACAGUCAACAGGGUAUAAUAAUCAACAACCUACUGGAUAUUCUAUUCCUCAAGAAGUUACCGGAUAUGGCCCUGCCGCAUCAGAACCUGUCGGUAGACAAAGUACAGGGUAUCCUUCAGAACCAUCUCAACCAGUUCCAAGACAAACCACAGGAUAUCCAUCAGAUCCGUAUUCCAACCCUUCAGAGCCAUCGUUUGAAAGAGAAGAACAAAACGAGUAUGGUGCUCCUUCUUAUCCAAACUAUCCUCCAGAGUCAUAUUCGGCAGAUUCAGUUAAUGAUGAAUAUCAAAAGCAACAACAACAAGCUUCUGCUCCAGAAGGAUCAAAUCAAAGCAUUCCAAGCAACUAUGCAUAUGGUAGUGAACUCAAUGAAGGACCUGCAUAUCCACCGGAAGAACUUCUGGAUAGUCAACCAACAGGAAGUAACACAAUCAGGUCUAAAUCAUCCACUCUCAUGCUUGAUGGAGCUGAAGAUCGAUUCCCAAAUAUUGAAAAUGUUGAGAAUAAUUUCGAUAAAUCACAUAGUAAUCCUCUGGAUUUACCCACUUUACCUGUAUUAUCAUCUUUUGAAGAAGAUAGACAAGAACAAAGAAAGUCACCCAGAUAUGUUGCUGAAGCAGAGCCAUUGAUUGAUUUAUAG